AUGGAUAAGGGUUUUAGCAGCAUUGAGUAUGAGACAAAUGAGCAUGUGAUGGUAAUAAUGGAGGGGAGUUUACGGUGCUGGAAAUGUCGAAGAUUUGUACUGGAUGCCAAUAGUUUGGCAUCUUCCCAUGGUGAACUGCCAUCAACAGUACAAAAAUCUGCUGAGAAAGCCACUGUACAGAAAGUCUGCAAUGUCUGGCAUGUGAAUUUAGAAGCUCUUCCAGGCUGGAUAAUAACAGAAAUAGACAAGGGACAGUGGACAAUCGGGAAGCUGCACUGCUUCCAUUGUGGAGCUCGUUUAGGGGGGUUUAACUUUGUCAGCAGUGCCACAUGCCCCUGUGGACAGAAAGUGACUGUACAUGUCUGCAAGAGCCGUACUGACUAUGAACCACCCCACUUAAUCAGAAUUGGGAAGUCUACAAAGGUGAAAUUCCCGCAGAAAGUGGAACAUAUUUAUAAAUUGCCAACUGUGGAGAACAUGGAAAAUGGGGAAGAAAACAGCUUGACUCACUACAGACAAAAUGAACUUUUACACCAGGUGAAGAAGAUGGAACUUGGAAGAGUAACAGAUGCACUUUGCCUCGAGACAAGAUCACACCGUAGAGGAGUUCUAGAAGCUGACAGCAACGAAUUGCACUUCAAAGCUGCUAAUCCGCAGCCGUGCUCCUCUGCUUCACAGCCAGUGAGGGCCAGAUGUACAAUGAAAGCUUUUCACAGAAAGUCUCACAGUCUGGAUUUUAGCAGCCAAGAUUCAAAGGAUGCAGCCAUUAGUUUCCCUGGUGUUCAUGGAUUGCGUUCACGAACUUCAUCUUGUGGAAUUACAAUGCAACAAAUAAAUGAGAUUGCCAGUCCUAGACAGGCACCAUUGGUAGAAGCUGUUAAUUUGCAGUUACCUGUCAAUGAAGAACCCAAUGUUUUUGUUUCUGAAAACCAACAUAAUCUGGAAGUUGAUUUAUCAUCACAUCUUCCGUCAUUUGGUAAUGGUUUCAUAGCAGAAGGACAAGAGUUAGGUCCCGGGCCAUCGGUGCAAAGACAUUCCAACAAUGUUUCUGCCAGGAUUAGAGGUUGGUCACUUGAUACAAGUACUGAAGAAAAUGACAUGACAGAGCAGGAGGAAGAAGGACGAGAUGGAGCUACAGGCAACCCUCGUAGUGAUUCAAUACCAUGUCUUUCUUUGCGCUCACCUCUAGAUGAAAGAAUAUUGAGUAAAAGAGAAAGAAACAGGCUUAAGAGUUUAAAAAGAAAACAGCGGAGGCGAGAGCGAUGGCAUCAGAGCAAACUGCACGAGCAACAGCAGACUUCCAGUGCGAACAUGACAAGUACAGAUGAUGAAGAUGACUUGAAGUGGGAGAAGGAAGGCUAUAUCUGUGCUGUGUGUUUGGAUAUUUUCUUCAGUCCAUACGUGUGUUAUCCCUGCCACCACAUCUUCUGUGAGCCCUGUCUUCGAACGCUUGCAAAGGAUAAUCCUGCAAAUACGCCAUGCCCUUUGUGUCGCACCGUCAUCACCAGAGUCUUUUUCCAAACAGAGUUGAAUAACACCAUGAAAAGUUUGUUCUCGAAGGAGUAUCUAGCCAGAAGACAAAGCUUUCAAAAAGCAAGCUGUGCAAAGUGGCCUUUACCUGGCUGCAGGAGGUUUUUCAGAGUCUUGGGAGGUUUUGGAAGACAUUCAGAUACCAUUACAAGGAGACAGUUCCCUCAUGGAGCUUACAGGCUGGACUCCAUGGAUUUUGAGGAUGACAAUCGUGGCUGGCGUUUUGAUAUGGACAUGGUUAUUAUCUAUAUCUAUUCUGUCAACUGGGUUAUUGGAUUCAUCAUCUUCUGCUUUCUCUGCUACUUUUUCUUUCCAUCCUUUUAAAAUGAUACAUGAAGAGUUUGGCACAAUACUAAGGAUUCAACCACAGAGUGUGGAUCAAUAAGUUUUGAAGAAAUUCCUUGAAGUAUUACACAUGCUCAGUUAAAGAACAGCCAGGGCAAGCACAUAGAAGAGAGGAGUUUGCAAUAUACCUUCUAGCUUCUGUUAUCCUUUAUCAGUUUUAUCCAUCAGCGAUGAAGCCAAGGUCCUAUUAGCGAAGUCUGCAGGGUGCAAUUGAUCCUAGAUACAGUUUCCACAAGAAACUAGACACAACUUGGAUUGCAUUCAAAGAGCUUGGAAGUGUCCAACUCAAAGCAUGAUUUAUUUAACUCAGAGAAAAGUGUUGACACUGUUAUUCCACCACCAAGAGAAUAUGGUGCAAAGACCAACAAUGCAAGUAAUCUGGUCCCUCCGUCUCUCCCCCUCCCUUGCCACCUUCAAGAUCCAUCUCAAAACCCUCCUUUUCAAUUGUGUGAGGAAUUUCAAGCUAGAGAGGAAUAAACAAAUUCUAUGUAAAGCAUGAGGAAGUGAUACAGAUCUUAAAUGAAGAACUGAAUAGUGUUUUUACUCACUGCAGCAAUACCGAAAUAUCCAGUGAGUAUAUUUUGAAAAGACUUUUGGGAGUACUUUAAAAUCUCAAAAGCAAAAAUAGUAGCAGAAUGGAGGCCAUUUAAGAUCAGUUCUUAUUUCCUAAACAAUAUGUUGAUCUCAUUCAUGAUUUAUUGAAAGAUCUCCUUUUACUUUUCUUAUAAUAAUAAACAUAAAGAAAAUAUUGCAAAACCUGCUGGAACACACCCACUAGUUUAUUUGUUAGUAAAUAACAACAGAAAAAUUACAAUUGUAUAGUGUCUUUCACAUCGGGAGGACGUCCCAAGGAGCUAGACAGUUAAUGUUACGGACCCGAUCUGGGGGUCGGGAUCGGAGAGUGGGGAGGGA